AUGGCAAAACAACAGCACCACCACCACAAUAAUCUAGCUGGGUGGGCUCCUACUUCAUUGCAAAAACGAUGGCUCUUAGCACUCUUAAUCAUGCUUUCUGUCUCCACUCUUGUUGGUUUCUUCAUUAAAUCCGCUUUCGAUUCCUGCGAUCGCCCCCACAGUAACUUCGAUGUUGCUGCUUCACAGAAACCGGUCAAAGUUAAUUCGAAUUCGAUUUCGAUUAAAACGGCACCGAAUCCUCUUAGUUUCAUGAAGUCUAAGCUCGUCCUUUUGGUAUCUCACGAGCUCUCUCUUUCUGGUGGACCAUUGUUGCUGAUGGAACUAGCAUUUCUACUAAGAGGUGUUGGUACUGAAGUUUGCUGGAUUACUAUCCAGAAACCAUCAGAAACUGAUGAGGUUGUGUACAGUUUGGAGCAAAAGAUGUUGGUCCGAGGAGUGCAGGUGUUCUCUGCAAAGGGUCAAGAAGCGAGAGAUACAGCUCUUAAGGCUGAUCUGGUUGUCUUGAACACUGCAGUUGCUGGGAAAUGGCUGGAUGCUGUGCUCAAGGAGAAUGUUCCACGCGUUCUCCCCAAGGUGUUGUGGUGGAUCCAUGAAAUGCGGGGGCAUUAUUUCAAAUUGGAUUAUGUCAAGCACCUUCCCUUGGUUGCUGGUGCUGUGAUUGAUUCACACGUGACAGCAGAAUACUGGAAGAAUAGAACUCAAGAACGUUUGAGGAUUACAAUGCCUGAGACCUAUGUGGUUCACCUUGGAAAUAGCAAGGAACUAAUGGAGGUUGCCGAAGAUAGUGUGGCCAAAAGGGUUUUGCGUGAGCAUAUUCGGGAGUCUCUUGGAGUACGAGAUGAAGAUAUACUCUUUGCCAUUAUUAACAGCGUUUCGCGUGGAAAGGGCCAGGAUCUAUUCCUACGUUCCUUUUAUGAGAGCUUACAAUUAAUCCAAGAGAGGAAGCUAAAGGUGCCAUCAAUGCAUGCAGUAAUUGUGGGUAGUGACAUGACCGCUCAGAGAAAGUUUGAGACAGAAUUACGAAACUAUGUGAUGCAGAAAAAAAUUCAAGAUCGUGUUCACUUUAUAAAUAAAACUUUGACUGUAGCUCCUUAUCUAGCUGCAAUUGAUGUUCUUGUUCAGAAUUCACAGGCACGGGGUGAAUGCUUUGGGAGGAUAACUAUUGAAGCAAUGGCAUUUCAGCUGCCCGUACUGGGAACAGCAGUAGGAGGCACCACAGAGAUUGUUGUGAACGGAACUACAGGAUUAUUGCAUUCAGUCAGAAAAGAAGGGGUUACUCCCCUUGCAACGAAUAUUGUAAAACUUGCGACUCAUGUCGAGAGGAGGCUUACAAUGGGAAAGAGAGGCUAUGAGAGGGUCAGAGAGAUGUUCCUAGAACAUCACAUGGCACGCAGAAUUGGUUCAGUGCUGAAAGAUGUUUUACGGAAGUUAAAGAGCCACCCUCAUUCUUAA